UCCUCAUGCGCUUCCUGCCGAUUACGAGCCGCUAUUUUCGCCAAGCAAAAUGCACGAACCAGUCCUUCUUCUCGCUUCCAGAUUCCCCGUCAACAACAGCUGCUGCAAUGUUCGCCACGGAAGAGUCUACGAUUUUCGAGCAGUGAGGCGAGAUUACCAGCAACAUCAGCAUCACAACAUUUUGUCGAAGCGCAGCAUUCCCUUACCGAAUCAGCGCAAGAUUUUGAAGAUGCUGCUCAAGAGCAAAGCCCGGUAGUCGCGGCGGAGAAUGCGCGGAAAAAGUAUCGGGAUGUCUUGCCUGAGGGGGUGUUGAGCGGGGAGGAAUUAAAGAUUUAUGAGCGGCUUUAUGGGCGGGCUGUGAGGCUUGAGGAGAGGGGGGAGGUUGUGGUUGGAGAGGAUGUUGGGACGGGGGUGGGGAGUCGAAUUGGAUUGAUGAAGGAGGGGGCGGAUGGGGAGUUGGAAGAGGUCGAGUUUGAGGUUGAGGAUGAGGUUGUGAGGGAAGAGGAGGAGUUGGACGGGGAUGAUGUGAGGCUUGCGGGGGAUAUUGAGAAUGCACUGGACGAAGCUGAGGAGGAUCAUUGGGGGGAGGAGGAUGGGACAGAAGAGGAGGAGUCGUACACUCGAAGCCAUCCCCUCACCGUGUUCAACCGCUUCACGACCUCGCCCUCGACUCUCAGCCUCCCCAAAUCGACCUUCAUCGAUCCCAUUCAAUCGCGAAUAUCCGGCACGGCAAAUGCCCAUCUUGCAGAAGCGGCUCAUCGAAUCUUUGGCGGCGUGGGCUUGCCUUACAGCACUUCCACCCCCGCGCUGGCGAAGAUGAUGCAGCAGAAGCCCAUCCCUUUGGAAGCCGGGCAGGAUCGGAUGAGCAAUAUGGAAGGGGACAUUUUCAUGAGCGUACUCAUGCCGGGCUUCUACGCGAGUGUGUUGAGUGUGCUUGUCGAGACGAGGAAGCGUCUGGGAACUGCAUGGGCGGAAGACUUGGUGCGAAAGGCGGAGAAAGGAGAGUUGAGGAUCUUGGACGCGGGAGGGGGCGGUGCAGGCGUACUCGCUGUGAGGGAACUGCUGAAGGCGGAGUGGGAGAGAAUGCACGAGCUCUCCGCCAACGGAGAAGCGCGAACAGCAGUUGCAAAUCCAGAUGGGAAGAUUGGAGGAGCUGGUCUUACUCCGCCUAUGGGCCACGCCACAGUGUUGACUGGCUCGGAUGCACUGAGACACCGAGCGAGUGCGCUGUUGGAGAACACCAUCUUUGUUCCACGUUUGCCUGACUAUCUCCACACCGAACAGGCGGGCAAGAAAGGGAAAUUCGAUCUCGUCAUUGCGCCACACACCCUCUGGGGACUACGAGAAGACCACCUCCGCAAAUCACGCAUCCUGAAUCUCUGGAAUCUGCUUUCAAGCGAAGGCGGCGUCCUCCUGCUUUUAGAAAAAGGCAUCGCCCGCGGAUUCGAAAUCGUCGCCGCCGCACGAGAAACUCUCCUAGACACCCGCUUCGAAUCCUCCACCCACCCCGCGCCAUCAAUGGACAUUUUCGAAUCCUACACCCUCCCGCCCGCCAAAGAAAAAGGCAUGAUCAUCGCCCCCUGCACUAACCAGUCCGCCUGUCCAAUGUACAUCCCGCGAGGCACGAUCAAAAGCCGCAGAGACAUCUGCCACUUCUCCCAGCGCUACGUGCGUCCACCCUUCCUCCAGCGCAUCCUCGGCGCGCGUGACAAGAACUUCGAAGACGUCAAGUUCAGCUACUUCUCCGCUAUCCGCGGCCGCGACCUCCGCGACGCGGGAGCGAAUGUGAACCAAGACGACGCAGCGACAGAGGAGGCGUUCAAAGGGUACGAGCACCACGAUACCCCUCCCUCAACAGAGCAACACCACCUCUCCCUCUCCCUCCCCCGCGCCGUCCUCCCGCCCCUGAAACGCCGCGGCCACGUAAUCCUCGACCUCUGCACCCCCGCCGCCACGCUGGAGCGCUGGACUGUACCGCGCAGCUUGAGCAGGCAGGCUUUCCGCGACGCGCGCAAGAGCUCUUGGGGCGAUUUGUGGGCUUUGGGGGCGAAGACGCGUGUUCCUAGGGUUCCUAAGGUGAAGAAGAGGACGGGGGAGGCGGAGAGGGAGGCGAAACGCGAGGCAAAGAAGAAG